CAAUGUUGACAUAGUUAUUCUGUGUUAAGGAUAUAAAACUGAUUUAUCUUUAUCAGAACAGGAUUCAGGACUUGUAUCCACCAGGCCAUUCAAUAUUCAAGUAUCCCGCAAGCAGUUCAGUAAUCAAGCAGUAUGAGAUGACAUUAUUUAACCUCAAUAUAAAGACAGGGACUCGAACCUCAGAUAAUUAUCACAGGUAAUGAUGUAGUCUGAAAUAAACUCCAAUGUUAGCUGUUCAUCAGCUGUCCUUGCUGGACCAAACAGAAGAAAUCUACCCCAAUACUAUACAGCAGAGAGAAACAUGAACAGCUUGGGCUCAUCAUACCAAAAGUUACAGGACAGCUCUCUACCAACAUUUGGAAAACCCAAACCUAAGAUGAAGAAGCCUGGUCGCUUCUUCUCACUAGUGAUUGUAGUGUUGGGACUGGGGAUAGUUCUUACUCUGCUGAAUAUCUACGAGCUUCAUAAAAUGAGGGAAACUGGGGCAUUACAACAGGUCAGUCAGCCACAGGUGGAGGCAGGGACAGGAAAACACGCGGUCAGGAUGCCAGUAGUGUGGGUGGCGGGCAAAAAGCUGGAGUCCGGAUACUUGAAGCAUGUGUUUGCAGUAUUUGAGAGGAUAGGAUAUGUAGUGGGUGAUGGUGAAUCUGAAUUUGAUGUACUCUGGUCACAUGAAUAUCCGUUUGAACAGCUGGCCAAAAAAAUCUCAGAUCUCAAGCCUCAUCAGAAGGUAAACCAUUUCCCAGGGUCAGGAUACAUUACCAAUAAGGUCAGUCUAGCUGUCUCCAACAAUCCGUAUAUACCCAGAGCCUUCAAGAUUCCCAAGGAAAAGGACAAAUUUCUACAAUAUGCAGAGGAGCACCCAGACAACUUGUGGGUCCAGAAGAGAAACAGUCACAGAGGAAUCAAGAUCAAACGUGUACAAGAACUGGAUUUGUCAGACGAAGGCUCCUUUGUUCAGGUGUUUGUGGACCGACCCUUUCUUAUUGAUGGCAGGAAAUUUGACAUUGGAGUGUACACCAUACUAACAUCCAUAGAUCCACUGAGAGUGUAUAUCCUAGAGUCUGAGGCUUUAUUCAGGUUCUGUUCUCAGGAUUACUACCCUUUUGAUGCCCGGGACAUCAAUAAGUAUGUGGUGGGAGACGCUUAUACACCAGUCUGGGAGAUUCCAUCACUGAAGAAGUUGUACAGAGAAUUAAAUUUCAACUUUAAGGAAUCAUUUGAUGCUUAUUUGGAAAGUCAGGGUCACAAUGCUAGGAAGCUGUGGAGUAAUAUCUCGGCUGCCAUUAAGACAGUUUAUUUACAGAAGGAGGCAGCCAUCAUUUCCGCUACAAGUAAAUACUCAUCUUCAAGGUAA